UUAUAAUAAAAGAAAAAGAAGAAUUUGAAGAUUGUUGAUCGGAAUUUGUGGAAAGAGAUUAGAAGUCUGGGGAAAUCAGCGAAGAUUGAGAGAAAUGAUUCAAUUCGUGCUUCUCAUAAGUCGGCAAGGAAAAGUGAGAUUGACGAAAUGGUAUUCGCCGUAUUCGCAGAAGGAAAGGAGCAAGGUCAUUCGCGAGCUCAGUGGAGUUAUUCUGAGUCGCGGCCCUAAGCUGUGCAAUUUUGUUGAGUGGAGAGGUUACAAAGUUGUAUACAAAAGGUAUGCUAGUCUCUACUUCUGUAUGUGCAUUGAUCAGGCUGACAAUGAACUCGAAGUCCUCGAGAUUAUCCAUCACUUCGUCGAGAUUUUGGAUCGAUAUUUUGGCAGUGUCUGUGAGUUGGACUUGAUUUUCAACUUUCAUAAGGCCUACUACAUAUUGGAUGAGAUUUUGAUUGCCGGUGAACUUCAAGAAUCGAGCAAGAAAACAGUAGCCAGGCUAAUAGCUGCACAGGAUUCGCUGGUGGAGACGGCAAAAGAGCAGGCCAGUUCCAUAAGUAAUAUCAUUGCCCAGGCCACCAAGUAAGAUCAGAAACAACAGUUCCAUUUUGUAAUGGUUAAUAUUCAAGUGCUGUGAGUUUUUUUUUGUCAUGUAAGAUGUGUUGUGCUUGUAUUUUCAAAAAGCUGUAUGCUUGAUAGCUUUUGUGAUUCAUAUAUAAAGAUAACUCAAAUUUGGAUCUUA